AUGUUGGUCUCCGCCUUAGUUCUGGGCUGCGCAAGCGCCGUACUGGCCUCAUCAGGCUACCUUAAGCUCGACCUCGAGCACGUGCAGGGCCCGCGUCUCGUCAAGCGGCAGACCAACACGGACCAUCUUGGACAACAAAUUGUUGCGGGCGAGAAUGGCUCUCUGUACUGGCUCAAUCUCACCAUUGGCACGCCUCCACAGUCUUUCCGCCUUCAGCUGGACACUGGUAGCUCCGAUGUCGUAGUCACCAACUCCAAAGUUAAGGAAUGUAAGAAGGAAGGAGGCUGUCCUUCUGGCUCCUAUGACCCAGGCUCCUCGUCGACCUACGAGCUGGUCUCAGAAGGCACUUUCAACAAUAGCUAUGGUGAUGGAACGGCUUACAUCGGCGACUACUUCACGGACGUUCUAUCCGUUGGUGGCAUCGACAUCAAGGCCGGCGACCUCAUCGUCGGGCUCGCUAAUCAACUGGAAGACGGUCCGCAGCUCGUCAACGACGGCACAGGCCUCGUCGGCGUGGGCUAUCAAGCCAACUCCGGCGCUGUCGUCCUCACGCUCCAGAACAACACCCUCCCAUCCACUGUAAUUUCUGCCAUGGUGUCCUCUGGCGACAUUGGUCGACAAGCCUACUCGCUCUAUCUCGGGUCACAAGAGGCCGCCAAAGGCAGGAUAAUCUUCGGCGGCAUCGACCCCAGCCUCUACACCGGCGACCUAGUCGCCCUACCGGUCCUCAAAGACCCUGUCCAAUACGCCGAGUACACCGACUUCAAGGUUGCGCUCACCGGCGUAUCAGUCACCGACGAAAGCGGCACCCGCCUCCUCACGGACACCGACUUUGCCAUGCCCGUCCUCCUCGACAGCGGAAACACAGUCACCAACCUCCCCAGCUCCCUCGUCGACGCCGUCUACGGCGGCUUCGGCAUCACCAGCAUCGAAGGCUCCGCCACCAUCCCUUGCAGCCGCAACCGCGCCAACGCCAGCCUAACCUACCACUUCGGCGGCGGCGACGACGGCCCCUCCAUCAACGUCCCCCUCUCCGCCCUCAUCGCCCCCCUCAGCGAACCCGCCCAAUUCUCCGACGGCCAAGACAUCUGCCAAUUCAAAGUCGACGUCCCCAACGGCGACACCCUCGUCCUCGGCGACAGCUUCAUGCGUUCCGGCUACUUCGUCUUCGACCUGGACAACAACCAAGUCGCGCUCGCGCAGGCCGCCACUUCAUCGGUGGCCGGCAGCAGCGGCAGCAUCAGCGCCAUCAUGUCCGGCACCGACAUCCCCGGCUGCAGCAGCACCAACACCUUCAGCAUCGAUGUCUCGAGCGCGACGCUGAGCGACGAAGGCGGUCCCGCAGCGGCCACGAGUGAUAAUGCGGAGGCGACGGGGAGCAUCAAUCCCGUGACGCCGACGUUUGAUCUGGGCGCGGCGGCGACGGAGACAGCGAAUGAGAGUGGCAGUAGUGGCGGUUCGGGCGGCAGCAGCGGCAGUGCGAGCUCGAGUGGGAGUGGGAUUGGAAGCGGGAAUGCGGCGCCGAGCGUGCGGGUUCCCAGCACGGUGGUCGUUGCUGGGUCGAGCGUCGUGGCGUUGGCCGUGGGGUUUGCUAUGGUCCUGCUGUAG